GCGUAUUAUAACGAAAUCAUAGGUUAUGCGUUUUUUUUUUAAAAUUAUGCUGUUGAGCAAAACCGUGUGUUUGGUAAUUGGUCGGUACGAAAAUGUGUAUUAUUGUUUUACCCGGAUAAACUGUAACUAUAACGAUUUACAAGAAAGAAAAGUCAGCAACAGGAUUGGUGAAUACAGGCUUGCGCAGAGAUUCUAUCAUGAUAGACGAUGCUUGUUACAUCGUCGGGCUUUGUCCAGAAACGUUGACUUUAAGGAUAAACUUAUCGCCCGACUCUUGGACGAGUUGGAUCAAGUGUCGUUGCAACGAAACAGGGCGUACCGGGACAACGCUGAGCUGAUGGAUAAUGCCUUAAUGGCGAUCAAAGGCGAAAUGGAAAAUGUGCACGCUCAGUAUCAAGCCAGAGUUAAAGAAAUAUUGCCGGUUAAUUUAGCUGAAAUGGAAGUCAGAAUGGCUGACAGUAAUAACAGUUGGACUAGAAUUAAGUACUUUGAAUGGAAAUUGAGACGAACCGCGAAAAAGAAUAGCGAUGCCGUCCGACAAGCACACAUUGAAAAAAUGAACUUGGAAAAUGGAAGACUUAAUACGGUUCUCGACAAGUUUCGUCGAAAACAAAUGUUCCACUGUCGAUCGUUGGUCGAGGAACAUCAUGCGUUGCUCACCGAGUACGAAGAAAAGACAAGCGAAAUGAGAAAUGACUAUCAGGAUUUGAGAGAAAAAGAUGAAAACUCUUUCAACUCUAUGCACAGAUUAGAUUCUAAGAUAAAUGACAUUCAAGUAAGUCGUGUUCGACUUUUUAGGUUGAGUACUAACAAUAAGUGCCUUCCUAAUUUCAAACGGGGUAUUCUUGGCUAA